UUCCUCGCUUGAGAUGGCCAGUCACCUAAGGAGCCGUUCCGAUCCAGGUAAAGGGAAGAAAGGGAAAGGCCGGGCUAAGAGUUUCGGGAAGAAGCAGAAGCAGAAGCCGAAGAAGCUGGAAGCGGACAUCCUCAGCCCUGCCGCCAUGCUGAACCUGUACUACAUCGCCCACAAUGUUGCCGACUGCCUGUACCUUCGGGGCUACCCUUGGCCAGGUGCUACCAAAGGGCGGAAGGGGAAGAGCAAGAUUUAAGUGAUAGAAUCCAACACACGUUUUUGUUUCCAAGAACAGAAAGUGGGAGAAAGCAUUCAGGACAACUCAAUGGCGCAGGAAAAUAGGCUUUCUGAAGACUAGUAACACGUAGUGGGUGUACUUCUCUGUGGGAAUAAUGGCAGAGAAAUGCACGCUUAUUGCCACUGCUAAGCCAGGCACUAGGUGGCUUCACUUCGUUUUUUUGUUUGUUUUUUUUUUUCCAGAAGUAAUCAGGAAAACCAAACCCAAGUGGAGUCUGUUUAAAGUCUUAAAGGAGACACUGGCAAUGGCAGUGAUUUUAUAGUAUUAUAAUCAUAGUUCUGGACCCGAAUUAAACCUUGUUCUCAGAAGGCA